GCCGAAGCUAACAGGCUAACGCUAGCAGCGAUGACGUCAGUGGAGGCUCUCCGUGGUAACUGACGUGCGGUCACGUGAUGUCAGGUUAAAAAGUUGUUUAUUAAUUAAUGGGAAAUAAAGAUUUACUAAACAACUGCUCCUUAAAGUGAAGCCAAAUCAACAUGAUCUCCCCCUGGUGGCAGACUGCAGUACAGGUCAUAAAGCUCCUCUAUGUUACCAGAAGGGACAUGGACCAAACUAAAAUAGAUUAGAGUAGGGGUCAAAUAAAUGUAAUGAGUGUUUCUCUUCCGAGUUCUUAUGAUCGAGCCCGACCUGCAUUUAAAUGUUGAGUUAUUUAAUUGACAGCUGAAAUGUCUCCUGAUUGGUCGAGAGCGUGUAUGGGCAGGACCUUGAUACUAAGACUCAACCAUCAUGACUUCACAGACUCAGCAAAUGACGUCAUCACCACAAGAUGGCAGACUUUGUAUCUGAGAUAUUUUGGCUGCUCGUAGCUGUAUUCCAGAGUCAGAUCCAGAGCUUCUCCAGAGUUUGUGUCUCACAGCUGAACAACUCAUCAGCAUCAGAUCCUCCUCGUGGUUCAGGGGAGAGGUGGAACAGCCGGGUGCAGCAGACACACACAGGAAGUGACCUGUGACCUCUGCAGAUCAUGUGAUCAUGUUGACAUCACCUGACACCUUCAGCUCUGAUCACCACGAACUCUCUUCACAUCUCCGUGUCUUCUUUGUGUGUGUCAGCACUUCUUCACCAGAGAAGAAGUCCCCCCCCCCGCCCUCAGUGAAUCAGUGGAGGAUCCUCUGCUGUUCACACUGCUCCUGGAUCUAGACUUUAUUCAGGAGGAGGAGGAGGAACUGAGUCUCACUCUUUGUCUUGAAGCAUCUUUUGACUUUGGUGGCGUCACACGCUGCUGAUCUGCGCUGUGGCUGCUCUGCACAGACAGCAGCCAAUCACAUCAAAGUAAACACAGGUCCUGCUGAUACCAGAGCCAGCUGUCUGCGUUCAUCCUGUUGUGGAGCUUGUUUCUUGGUUACUUCUCCUUUGCACAUGCAGCUGUCAGGAGGAGUUCAGGAGAAAACCUGCGACCACUGGAGGGGGUGAGAGUGUUAGACCUGACGAGAGUUCUGGCCGGUCCCUUCGCCACCAUGAUCCUGGGAGAUCUGGGUGCUGAGGUGAUCAAAGUGGAAAGACCAGGAUCAGGUGAUGACACCAGAGUCUGGGGUCCUCCAUUCAUCUCUUCAGAGAGCAUCUACUUCCUGAGCGUCAACAGAAACAAAAAGAGUAUCGCUGUUGACCUGAAACAUCCACGAGGAGCCAAGAUUAUCAAAGAGCUGACUGCAGUGUGUGAUGUGUUGGUAGAAAACUUCCUCCCCGGGAAACUGCAGCAGUUGAAUUUAGGGUUUGAGCAGCUGAGCAAAGUGAAUCCUCAGAUCAUCUUCUGCUCCAUCUCAGGCUAUGGACAGACAGGUCCUCGGUCUCAGAGUCCAGGCUACGACUCCAUCGCCUCUGCUGUGUCAGGGAUGAUGCACAUCACUGGGCCAGAGGGCGGUGAGCCGGUGCGUCCAGGUGUUGCUAUGACGGACCUGGCGACAGGGCUCUACGCACACGGAGCCAUCAUGGCUGGACUGCUGCAGAGACAAAAGACAGGGACAGGACUUCACAUUGACUGCAACCUGCUGUCCUCACAGGUCUCCUGUCUCAGCCACAUCGCUGCUAACUACCUGAACGCAGGGAAGGAGGCGAGGCGCUGGGGGACGGCCCACGAGAGCAUCGUCCCUUACCAGGCCUUUGAAACCGAAGACGGACACAUUGUGGUCGCUGCAGGAAACGACAAACAGUUUGUCCAAGUGUGUGAGGUUUUGGAGCUGAUUGAGCUGAACGAGGAUCAAAGAUACAAAACUAACAAACUAAGAGUACAGAACCGAAAAGAACUGCUACACACACUGUCCCAGAGAUUCCUGCAGAAGAACACAGCGGAUUGGCUGAAGAGUUUUGAGGGCUCCGGUGUUCCUGUUGGACCAAUCAACAGCAUCCAGGAAGUGUUUUCUGACCCUCAGGUGAAACACAACAAUCUCAUACAGGAAAUGAGUCAUCCAACAGCAGGACGCAUCUGUGUGCCCGGUCCGGCGGUUCGAUUCAGCAGCUUCGCCCCAGGUGGACCAACGGCCCCUCCGCUGAUUGGUCAGCACACUGUCCAGGUGCUGCGGGACACCCUGUCCUACAGUGAUGACAUCAUCAAAGUGCUGCUGGAGAGCAAGGCAGUGGUCCAGAACAAGGUGUUCUGAUUGGCCGAGAGAGGGCCGAUAUCAGCUGACUGAACAACAUUGACAACAUUUUAUAAGAUUAAUUGAUUGUGAUUUGACUUAAGUCUGAAGUUCUGAGAACCCAGAUAUUUCAUUAAACAACUUAAAACUACAUAAACCUGGUAAAGAAAUUAUACAAAUGUUUGAGGUGAACAAAUCCACAUCCAUUGACCAAUCACCAGUAGCUGCUGGACUUUCUCUGGUCGGGUCAUCACCGUGUGCAGGCGUCCGCCCUGUACCUCCCGUGGGGGGGCGGGGCCUCACAGACCACUGCAGCUCAGCUCUCGGUGCUGGUAGGUUGAAGCCCGGCUGCUGGAGGGCCGGACGACUCAGCACCGACUGGACUUACACCAUUUUACAGUUCCAUGAUUGAUGCCUGGAGGACUCUCAGCUCCAUUAGACUCUUCAGCUACAGUUGAAAACACAUUCCCUGAGGCAGGUGUGGUGAAGCUGGGUCACCUCACAGGACGUCACUCCAGACGCUGGCUGCGGUGACGGACAGGCGGCCAAUCAGAGUGCUGCGGAGCCUGGUGGUCGAGGAGUGGCCGUCUCUGCCUGAGCCUCUCCGGGACCUCCGCUCAGAACCAAAGUCUGGCUGACCGGUGGAGUGAAGGAAUACGUCUUUCCUACUCUGAGUGUGAGUCCUGCUGUGGGGGAGUGGAGAGAAGAGAGCGGCCGAUAUCCCUAAAGACUCCUGGGAACAUCCAGCUCCUGUGGAGGGAAGCAGCUCUACGGCAGCUGUGUGAAGGUUCUGAACUACCGCUCUCUUGCAGGAGUCAGGGAGUCCAGAUGGACUGAGGGUUUUGGCUCUGACUCUUCCCCUAGUGGCAGCUGACGGGUCCUGUAUAAGCCUCCUGUGGAGAAACGGAUGGCUGACCUCUACGUUAUACAUGGAGCUCUAGCUACAAACAGAUGCAGAGUUCACCUUGACCCGAGCACGGGGGGGGGGGGGUUCUUCCUGAGACCACUUAGUUGUGUCCUGUCCCCGGUUGACUGAUCUCUUUAAGCUACUUCAGGAGUUGGGGGACAAACCCUGGUCUUCAUUAACUUUAUCUUUGCAAGUGCAACACUGGCUAUUUGGAAUAGUCACUAAAAUAAAAUGGUUGGAGCAGGUUGGACUGGUCCACUCUUCUGUCCGAGGGGUUUGGUGGCAGCUCGUCUUAGAGUUGAACAUGUGUCCUUCAGACUGACUGAUGGUUUCCAGUGCUGGACAGGUCUGUGUCACUGGGGGAGAACCACUCACUGAUUUAAACUUUUAGCAGAUUAAGUUUAAUUCUAGUGUUUGUGUAAAUAUACAACAAUUGAUUUUCUUUUUACUGGUCAGAUGUUUGUUUGUGUUUCACAUGAGGAGCAGGAAGCAGCGACUUUAUGGGUGAGCUGUGACCUCUCCCUCUCUCUCUCUCUCCCUCUGUCUCUCUCUCGCCCAGUUGGCUGCCUCAGUGUUGAACUCAACGUGUGUGAGAACAAUUCGGAUGUACGUAACUCACCAGCUCUUUAAGUGUCCCUUAUUCCCUAACAUCUGGAGUGUGUGUCUGUGUGUGUGUGCGUGCAGGAAAUGUUCAGCCUAAUGUUGAACACAGACUCCGUUAUAUGAGAGACACGGGGACCAAUAUAAUGAUACACGAGUCUUGACGUCGGUGGAUAUGAUUUUAUUUUGAAGGGUUACAUCACAUCCUGUAGCUGCAGGCUGUUCAUCUGCUCCGAGUCUAAAACACUCAACAUGGGAACAACAUGUCAGGAACAUGUUGUUGUUGUUCUAAUAUCACAGUCACAUGAUUACAUUUAUCAGAAUAUUGAAUAUACCUGAUUACUUUUAAUUUACUCAAGUGUUUACUCGAUACUUAUUUUUAUUAAAAUCAAAGAUGACGAGACCAGUUGUUAUGACGAUCCCUCGGGGUGAUCAGGUGACCUCACCCAUGGUCACCUGAUCACCCCUCAGGGAACCAUCAGAGAUCAAUGAUCAGAGAUUAAUAACCAUCACCUUCUGUUACUGAUAUACUUUCCCACACAAACAGAGAUAUUUAGAUUUUUACUUUAUUUGAUAAAUCUUUUACAAAAACAACGUUUCUAAGAUCAAUAAAUAAAUCAAUAAAA